AUGACCAAAAUACUAAUUCUUUCUUUUUCUUUAUCCAGCUAUAUAUUCUCUAUCUAUCUCUCUUUUUUUUUUAUAUACAUAUUUUUUUUUUCAUUCAAUAAUCAUUAUUUUUCUCAUUUGUUUUCUUUUCAGUCGGCCUUGUCUGAUGCUCCUCCUACCCUCCUAAUAGCCUAUUCACCCUCUCUCGCUUUCCUUUUUCUCCCUCUGUUACUUUGUAUAGCUCCUCCUCAUUCAGUUUCUCUCCUCCUACCCAUGCCCACCUUAGUGUUUUCCGUAACCUCGUGUUCGGAUUGUAACCCAGAUCCGAGCAAUGCCCCGGUCGAUCGCCCGCCUUCAUCAUCCGACCAAUUUUUUUUAUCUUCCUCAUCACAUCCUUUUAGUUCUGACAAUAAAAAUAAGUUGCGCAUGUUUUCCUGCUCUCUCUCUCUCUCUCUCUCUCUCUCAAACAUACGUACCAAAGUAUCCCUCAAACAGUACAUUUUCUUUUACCCCCCCCCCACAAUAGCCUUUCUUAGUUUCUUUGUCUCUCUCCGCACAAUUACUUGUAUUUCCACUUACAAACUCUUCUUUCUCUUUCAAUACACACCCAUACUCACACUUUGUCUUGCUCCUCUGUUUUUUUAUCUAUGUCUCUUUCUCUUAUUUCUUUAA